AUGAGUUUCAAAUUUUGGCCAACAGAUGGUGGAUAUGUUUCGAAUGAUGGGUUUAUUUGGACUGAAAAUCAACCCGAUUUGCAAUUGGUCGAACCGCCAAUUUUAGUUUCGUGUAGUUUCAAUUAUUUGUCUUUCAAUCGACAUGUGAGUUGGGAUUGUAUGGACAAGGGGAAAAGGAACAAUUGGAAUCUGUUGAAAUUUUGGAAGCAGCGUGUUAUAAUUUUCAGAAAUUCUAUUCCAAAAUUUACAAGAAUCAGGAAAUUGUUAGAAAAACAGAUUUUUCAGAAAUUCAGAAAUUAGUCUAAUUUUAUUUAUUUUAAAAACUUGAAAUUUUUCCGAGACAUCUAAGUUUCCAAUCUUCAAAAUUCAUACAAUUUAAGCCCAGCUCAAAAAAACGUAUAAAAUUCUAAACUUCAAUAAAUAGUUUUCGAAUAAAAUCUGUACAGUAUAUCUGAAAAAUAUCCAGAAACACUUGAUCUAACCACAAAACUGAUUGUUCAUCUACAGUAACCCAAGACUAUUAAACUACUACUGUACAGUAAUCUUUGAAUAUUCAAAAAUAAUUUCUUAAUGAAUGUGAUCUACAGUAUCUCCUACUGUGUUUCUUCUUCUUCACAAAAAUCCCACUUUUUAGCUUAAUCGCCCACCUGAAAAACGAGUCCUUCGCUUGGUAAACCAUGGUGAUUAUCCAAUUGCUUUCAAAAUUCAAACAACCGAUAAUUAUUCAUAUUUUGUUGAUCGUGUUUAUGGUGUUAUUCCUGGUCGUCGAAUGGUUUGCAAUGCUCGAGUUCGAGCAACAAAUAUGUGCGAAAUUCAAAUAUUCCACAGACCACAUAGUUGUUAUCAGGAUGAAGAGCAGUGCAAGUUUCAUAAUAUGUGAGUUAGGCACAGGCGGCUUCAAAAUACAAUGCAUACAAUGUUUAGUCCUCGAAAAGACAAGCUUUUCAUUUUGCUAGCUCCAUACAUGUGUUCCACAUUUUCGCCUGCUGCAAUUUUUCACAACGAACGAUCUUAUGAAAAAUUGCGAGUUCUUUUGCAUUAUUUGGGAACUGUGGCUGGUGAAAACUUGGAUAAACGUGAGUUUUUCUGGAAUGAAAUUAGAAUUGUGAAUUGUUUCUAGCCAAACAAUUGUUGCUUCGUGGAAUUAAAGGAUGGUGUACUUGGAAAACGGAUCCGACAAAUGAGGAUAUUUUGGAACUUCAGAAAUGUUAGAUUUUUCGGGUUUUGAAAAUGAUUUUGAGAACUACGUAGUUAUGACGUGGCAAUACUUAUUGGAGAAUUGAAAAAAUGUUCAGACAAAAAAUUACAGUAAUUCUUUUUUUUGAAAUUUGGAAUUCCACUUCAAAUGUUUUCACAUUACCUUUCUCAUUUGUUUUCAUUUUUUCAAGUGAAAAAUAUCAAAAAUCCUCUGAUGUAUCGACUUUCAAAAGAAUCCACAAGUGGAAAUGUAAUUGAAAAAGCGAAUGUGAGUUUUACCAAACCCAUUUUUCUCUCCAAAUAAAUACCAAUUUUCAGAAUGCGCCAGCAUUGCUUCGCCCAGCAGUUUCAGCAAUGCAAACUUGUUCACCCUCGCCUAUAACAACAGUUCGUGUAAGUCCGAAUCCAUCACAAUCCACACAAAAACCAGUAACGAAAAAGAAAAAUGAGAGCAUUGGUGAGUUUGUUUUUUUUGUUUCCAUAAAUAUUUCUGAAAUAUUUAUUUAAAAAAAAAUUUCAGUUAGCCGAUUUUUCGAUGUUGUUACCAAACGAAAAUCGACUGAUUCGAUGGCACCAAAAUCGAUGAAUAUUAACACCGUCUAA